AGCAUUUCAGCCCCUGCUAUUUUUCUAUUCUUUGGGCGUUCAUUUGUCCAUUAACCUUGACAUCUCCAUCUUCCUAUAUAUAACAACCUCCUCCACUCUUCUUGCUCCACAAACAAAAAUUCUACUAGUAAUCAAUUGUAUCCGUCAUCUAAAAAGCCACAGAAUCAGUUAAUAGAUUUCAAGAAUCAUUAACACAGAAUAUGAGUUCAACAAGCAGAGCAUGGGCAGCAGCAGCCAGUGUUGCAGUUGUAGAAGCUUUGAAGGAUCAAGGUAUAUGCAGAUGGAAUCAUACUCUAAAGUCAAUUCAAAAUCAUGUUAAAAACAAUGUCAGAUCUUAUUCUCAAGUAAAUAAGCUUUCCUCCUCCACUUCUUCUUCAGCUAUGGUUUCUAAUUCUAAGAGACAAAAACAGAAAGCAAAGCAGUCAGAGGAAUCGUUGAGGACAGUCAUGUAUUUGAGUUGCUGGGGUCCAAAUUAGUCAGAGUUGGCCAUGGAACAAAUUUUUAACUCGGGUUCCAAUAAUUAAGGGUAGUUCUAAGUUAGAUUAAGGUGUAAUUAGUAUUAAAUAUACUUGGGGAGUGGUGUUUGGUACUGUUUCUUUCUCUUCUUAAAAUGUUUGGGAUUUCUUGAAUGAAUUGUGCCAAAUUGAAAGAGAAUGGUGUAAUUAUGAUGAAUUAAUGAAGACAACAAUAUUGAACUUCUCUCCAAUUUCAGGCUUAAUUUUAACUAUGCUUUGUAUUAUCCUUCUUCUUUAUUGUUGAAUGAACUUAAAAAGCAUAGGAAUUUUAAUUUGAGGGAGAAAGUAGAAUCUAACCCUAAGUUUGAGUUUCUGACCUUUGCUCAUAACCUUUUCAAAACUUUUGUCUCAAUUUCUAAUUUGAGUGAAUCUAUUCUUAGUGUUGAGUCUA